AGUCAUCUAUAAAUAGAGUCGAGAAGAAGCCUUCUCACCGCACCAAAAUCUUACUCCAUCUCCUAAACCCUUAUAGCUUCUACUUGUUUCAUCCCUUCGCUUUUCAGAAACAACGUUAAGAAUGGCAGUUUGGGCGCUUCCAAAGGCGAUUGCGAUCAAGUCACAGGACUUCAAAGACAGAGGCCACAUCUACCGCAACGACGACAACGGCGCCAUAGCCCUCGGAGAAGAGGACGUUUUCAGCACGAAGGCUCGGAUCGAAGUAGAACAAGCCAAGACCGACAGCAAGUACGUUAACCUCCGAUUCUCGUACACCAACAGGUACAUGCACCGCACAUCUGACGGGAGCUGGGCCAUGGCGGCCGUCUCCAUGAAACCCCAAGAAGACACAUCCGACCCUAAUUGCACGUUAUUCGAGCCAAUUAAAGUCGACGACAACGACAACGACGACGUCUUCUACUUGAUUCACGCUCAGAGCGGAGGCCGCCUCGUGCUAGACAGUGCAAGCCUCCUCUUCUUCGUCGAAUUCGACUUAACCAGCGCCGAUCAAGGCUAUCUCUCCGCCGUCGAUUUGGGCGAAUUAGUCCGGCUUCCUACACGUGUCAACGUCGCUUUCAUCGGAGAUAAUGGGAAAUACCUUAAGGCCUUUAAUCACUUGAAGAACAACUUCCUCCAGUUCUCGUCUGACGUUCCGAACGACACGCUUUCGCGGCACCAGGCGGCGCAGAUGCCUGAUGGCCAUGUCCGGCUGACUUCUAUUCACUGGAACACGCUGUGGAGGCUCGCCGCCGGUGAAGAUUGGGUGUUGGCGGACACCAAGGAUGAGAAGGACGCUGACACUCUCUUUUGGCCUGUCAAAAUUGAUGACGGGACCGUCGCGCUUCGGGCCGCCAACGGAAAGUUCUGCCAGCGGCGUGUUGCUAAUGGCUUGAUGACGGGAAGUCUCGGCGCGGUGGCUCCCUCUCCGACGAGAGAAGCCGGGUUGCAGGUGCAUGAACUGGUGUUGAUGAGUUCGGUACACAACGUCAGAUACCAGACCGAGUACACACGCAUAUACAACGAGGCACCUUACCUGGCAUGGUCAACGAUGCUGGUCAACGAAAGCAACGAGGAAGCAAGCAUGGCGGUCUCAUUCAUAUACCAGGACUCAAGGGACUACACCUUCGCCCGAAGCUUCACCCUCGACACGGGGGUGCCCGCCGUCAUCAAUGCUGCGCUGCCAUUCAUCGGAAAAGAAGGCUCCAUUGACCAAACAUCUUAUAAGAUAACAGCGCCGCUGCAGUGGAACGCUUCCAAAGCAAUCACCACGGUGGUGACGGCCAGGGGCUCGGUUCGGGUGCCGGCGAAGAGUACAGUUGAGGUUAGCUAUGUCGGAACACGAGCCACCUGCAAUAUUCCGUUCUACUACAGUCAGGUCGACAACGUGAUGACCUUCCCACCAUUUCCGAUGCCAAUGCUUGACGUGUCUGAAGGCAUUGAUGGUAUUUACACUGCCACCAAUUGCUACGAUUUCCGAUUUGUUGUUGAGAAAACUCAACCUAUAUGAGAACACAAAGCCGAGGGUUUUUUUCAUCAACUUUUUCUAAGUUGAUUUUUUCCCUCAUGUAUCAAUAAAUUGUGUUCUCUUGUUGUAUCCAUCGAUUUAUCAAUAAAACUGCUCUUUUUAAUUAAA